GGGGUCUGGGUAUAACCCAAUGAACGAGACUCCAGCUAGCAAUUCCCAGACACAUCAGCAUACAGACACUAGUGAUGUUCUUCCCUCAGCCCCUGUACAAGAUCAUACUUCUGGAUCCAACUCUCGACUUAGGAGAAAGAAGUCAAGCCCUGCUGUGUGUCAGACCAUUAAUGGCAACAGUAACUUCCAGGCCAGUCCACCUGAUUCCUCCACCACUUCCCUGAAAAAGAAGGCUGACAGAGAGCCUGCUCAAGAGAAGCAAGCCCCCGGGGAACCAGUAUCUAGACCCAGGCCGCUUUCCCUUAGAAGCAAACCUCACUCCUGGGGUCUUCUAAAGAACCGCAAUAAGAGCUAUUCUCUCGGGCACUACUCUGGGGGGAAGAGUGCCCAAAACCUGGACAUGGUCCUCCCCUCAGAGGUCAAAAUGGGCUGCUCUUUGCUGGAUAUGGACACAGAGGGUCAAAAACGAGACUGCACAGUUCCCCUCUGUCGAAUACAGAGCUCACCAAGUAGACUAUCUGUCUUUGCACUGGAGAAUGAGUUUUUAUCCUGAAAUAAGCUGCAUCUGGAACAAUCUUACGUUUGUCUUGAAUCUGUAUGUUCAACAUGACAUGAAGUUGUUUUUUUCCCCCAAGAUUAACAUCAUGGCCUUUGAUCAUUAUUUGAGCCAAUGCUGCUGGAGAUAUUCUGUGGUACUUGUUUUAUUUAUAUGCUGUUUACUUUGGUUUGUAAUUUAAUAUGAAGUGAAUGAUCGGCAUUCCACUGAAUUUACAGUUAGAAUUGCUGGUUUGUAGUUUUUACAAAGUGACUUGAUUCGUAAACCUGAUCAGCAAGAUCUCGGAGUCUUGUUAGAAGCUACUGAUUUUAAAGUGUUCAGGCAUUUUUGUUAUUUGAUUUCAUAUCACGUAAUGUCAUAUGAAUGGCAUAAACGGGGCCCACAGUGUUUAUAUAAAUGAUAAUAAUUGUACAGAUGAAGUGGAAUAGCUAAUUUAGCUAACAGAACUUGUUUGCUAGCUCAAACAGUCCUUUCAAGUUCCCUACAUACAGUAGUUCAUUAUUUUUCCUGUACAAAUGCAUUACAUUUUCAUGGUUUUGUCUUUUAUGAUUCCUGGUGGUCAGCAUGAUUUCUUUCUGAUCAUUUUUUUCGAAUAUUUUUCCUAAAGUUAUAUUGGAUAGCCUACUCCUGGAUUCUCUCCUUUUAUAGCUUUAAGUCAGAUUAAUUUGAUCUAAUUAUGUCUUUCAGAAGUGUACAUGCCUAUAGCUUUUUAGUUUGCAUAACUCAAAUAAAAAGCUAUAUAUAGAUGUUUAAUCACGCUGCCAAAUAGUGAUAAAUUAAUUAGCUUUAUUGUUAGUGUCUAUCAAUAUUGCUAUUAUUUUACUAAUCAUUCCAGUCUAUACAAACUCUAAAAAAUAUAUUUAACUAAUAAAUUUAAGUACCAGGAUGCUACUUAAAAACUGAU